CACCCCACCCCCCUUUCUUCCCCUCUUUUCCCUUUUUUAAUUUUCUUUUCCCUUUUCCCCCUUCUCUCUCUUUUACCUCAGCUUCUGCUUGCUGGCACUGCACUGCAGCUGCUCCUUCAGCCACUCGUCCUGCCUGGCUUCCCACCCCCCACCCCUUUGCUCCCCUCCCCACCCACCCAUUUCACCGGUGCCAGAUAAACAAACCCUCCUCUUCUUCCUCCAGCCCCCACCCCCCAAAAAACCCCAUCCUUUUGGGGAAAGGGGGUGUUGGACUUGCCAGAUUAGCUCGAGCUUUUAAAAGGAGGACAAGAAGAAGCCCGAAAGAAGCGGGACGAGCCCCCCCUUCCUUCCUCCUCCCCCCUCCCUGCUCCCCCCCCACCCCGAAGGGAGAAGCCAGUUAUCCUUCUCGCGGCGGCAGCAAACAUGAUGGCGGCAGCUCCCAUCCAGCAGAACGGGACCCACACUGGGGUGCCCAUAGACCUGGACCCGCCGGACUCUCGGAAAAGACCACUUGAAGCUCCCCCCGAAGCCGGCAGCACCAAAAGGACCAACACGGGCGAGGACGGCCAAUAUUUUCUAAAGGUCCUCAUACCUAGUUAUGCGGCUGGAUCUAUAAUUGGGAAGGGAGGACAGACAAUUGUUCAGCUGCAGAAAGAGACUGGAGCUACCAUCAAGCUCUCUAAAUCCAAAGACUUUUAUCCAGGUACGACAGAGCGGGUGUGUUUGAUCCAGGGAACAGUGGAAGCAUUAAAUGCAGUUCAUGGCUUCAUUGCUGAAAAGAUUCGAGAAAUGCCUCAAAAUGUGGCCAAGACAGAACCAGUUAGCAUUCUGCAGCCUCAGACAACCGUCAAUCCGGACCGCAUCAAACAAACAUUGCCAUCAUCCCCAACUACCACCAAGUCCUCUCCAUCUGAUCCCAUGACCACCUCCAGAGCUAAUCAGGCGUCUCUGUUGGAUAUAGGGUCAAUGAGAGACCAGCAAUCAGUGAUUAUUCUAUGGUACAUUAUUUUAUCUCAGCUUAUUCCCAGGGAAAUACCCUAGAUGUAUCAAUGCCUAACCACAUCCCCCCCCCAAAAAAAAUUGAUUUACUACCAGAAUAGGGAACAUUUGGCUCUCUGAUGUUGUUGGAAAACAGAUCCCAUUAUACCUGACCAUUGGACAUGCUGGCUGGAGCUGACAGGAAUUGGAGUCCAGCAAUAUCUGAAGGUCCACAGGUUCCUCAUUACUACCUUCAUAUUCUUAGGUGUUUUUGAAAAGCUUAAUAGUCACCCAAACUAAGGGAGCAUGAAUUCUCUUUGUAGAACUAGUCAUAAAAAUCCUUCAUCAGUUUAGAAUACAUAAUUGUUAACCAAAUUUCUUCGUUUUCUAGAUGAUUCAUUUGAAGAAAUCAGUAUUGCCCAAACUUGCUGCUAAUUUUAAAACAGAGGAUGUGGAAACCAUAGAAACAUUGUGUAAUUUCUCAAGGGGGUUCAAGUUCAUUUUGUAGAUGUAGGAUGAGAAUUCUGAUUAUAAGCACAUGAACAACAACUUAAACAAAGAUUAGAAUAAAUUAAAAGAUACAAACAUAUUAGGAAAAAGAUAGUACUAGUAACUCAGUGACUCAGAAUUUACAUGUUCAAAUAGUUUCUUGCCUUAACCAGAGGAAAAUAAGAAAGAGGAAAAUAAGAUAUAUGCCUAUUAAUAUGCUAAAUGCAUCAUUCUCUGAUGUUAUAAAGAUGCAAUGAAAAUACAAUCUGAUCAACUGACACAAAACUCUAACACUGUGGUUCCUGAUUACCUAAGUACUGUGGACCCCCUGUUUUUCAAAAGCCAAUCUAUGGACCCCCUACUUUUGAAAAUGUUAACAUCUCUAUGGUAGUUUUUGUGAUGUGAAUGGCACCACGGACCCCUGGGUGGGUUACACAGAUCUCCUCGGGUCCAUGGACUAUGGACCACCAAUUUGGAACCACUGUUCUAAAAGGCAAAGCAGUGUCUUCUGGAUAAGUUUUUCAGGGGUACAAAGAAGCUUAGGGCAGGAGGGAGAAGGAAAUAUCCAUUGUGUGAGGCUCCUUCCAGUCACAAAACAUUGGAUUAAACCAAAAGAAUCUUUUAAGGUGAGUUUGGGGCUACAGGUUCUUAGUGAUCUGUAGGGUUCUAUUGUGCUUCCAUAAUCUUUUAACGUGGUUUUAAAAUAAUCUUUUAAGGUGGUUUAAUAUCCUAAGAUAUGAACAAGCCUUUUCAGUAUGCUUCUUAACACAUGUGAGCAAACAAACCAGGAAGUCAUUCUUAAACCAGCUUCACACCAUGGCUAAAUAUUGGCUUGUACCAAUGCUGUUAACCAUAGUUUACUAGCUGCCGCCCCUGAUGUCUGCAAUCUUCCUUCUCUCUCCAUGGGUUCAAUGUAACAUGGGGAAAGAGCUUAAUUUAUUCACAAGCAAGUCUCUGAGUCUGAAUCAAUAUUUUCUAGACAUACUAUGCUUCUAGAAGCUGCAUAGUCUACCUUCUAUUUUCAAAUAUCUGAAGCAGUUAUGCAUCUUUUCUACACAACAACCAAAUGAACAGCCAAAGUAUUUGCUAUUAAUUUCAUAUUAACAUUAUAUAAUAUAAUCUUGAAUUUUCUCCCAGGUAUAAAGACUUCAACAUUAAUCAGUGAAAACCAGAAAUAUUCAUUUUGUGCCUUUCCAGACGAAGGCAAUAGGAACUGUGUAUUUAUUCAAAGAUCACCAGCCUAAGUACCACUGUAAUUUAAUUUUUGUAUCAUUUUAGGUAGCAAUAUUUUAAAUUUCUAAAAUGUUAUCCAUAUGUAGACUUAGACAUACAUGAAUAAAUCAGGCUAUUUGCUCCUCUACAUGUUCUGAGAUGAUUAAACAAAAAUAAAAUCAGUGUUUUGAAAGAUUUUAUAUCCCCCUUAGCCUUAGUCAUAGAGCAACAGGUUUUAAUAGCCAAUAAGUACCAUUUUAAAUCAUCUUCUUGGAUAAACAUAGGCCAUAUAAUUCUACACUGUAAUCUCUCUAUUCAACUCAAUUACUUUUGGUUGAACUAGAGCAUAUCUUUUAGAAAUACUUUGUGCCACUGGUGCCACACAGCAGCUAUAAAGCUAAUGGAUUGAGCUCUCUAAAGAUUCAGCUUGUGUCCAAGGAAGUCAUGUGAUAUGAGAUCAUUUUCUAUUAAUUCUUCCUUAGUUUUUGUUGGAAAAGCUUCUGCUGAAGCAUUCAUUCGGAUAGUGGCUGCAGGAGAUGAUGGGUCUCAGAGUAACAGUCUGUUGCCUAGGGAAAGUUUAAUUAAAUACUAUUAGUAUAAGUCUUUGGGGUGUAAAAUAUAUAACAGAAUGUUUGGGACCCAUGAGUCCCAAAUAUGGAUUCAAAUAGCAUUAUAAUCUUUAUCAAUUACAAAUGCUAACGUGCAAUUUAUAUAGCCGCCAGCCUGUUGGUCCUCAGUCUAGUUAUCCCAGCUACCAAUGUGACUCGGUAACUACCUUGACUGGGUGACUCAACUGUGGCUCCAAAUAUUGGCUUAGUAGUCCACAUUAAAGGUCUCCUAAAGAAGUUCUGCAUGCAUUAUCAUCACCAUUUCCUAAGUAUUUUCAUAACACAAUUAUUACCACGGAUACAUUUAGAAGGGUUGGAGGAAGGUCAGUGAGUCCACUUUUUCCAAUUGUGCCCCCUCUCCCGGGUCACAUCGAGCUUGUGAACUUUGACAUGCUGUUUUAAAUAUCCCACUCUUCUCCAUUCAGGUUGCAUCAGAAAUUCUCACCCAUUUGAUUUACAUUCUUCUCUCUCGUGCACCUGCACGGAACCUGCCAAUUGCCACCCAGUUAUCUUUCAGAAAUGAAGCGAAAUUGACCAAACCUGAAACAUGUACCGCCGUAUCUGGUGGUACAUAGUACCCCAAAACAAUUCCUCUUUCAAUCGGAGAAUGAGAAGCAAAUAAAUGUCAAUUUCCCAUCCCCAUGGACAACCAGCUCAUUCUGCAAAGCCUGAAGUAGGAUGUCUACCAUAGCUCACCACAGAUACUGCCCAGGGGCAGUGAGGUUGUUUACUUACACCAUGUCUCAAGCCCAUUUGUCUGACCUCGUGAGACCUGGAAUUGAGGCCUGGUCUAGCCAACUUCUCCACCAAACCCGUCUCUAUUACUUUGAGAGAUAAGAGCAAAAGCACACACAAACACACACACUGUACACGUACUUGGGUAGGUGGAAAUUUAAUCCAGUUUUCUAAAAGUGUUCUAGGAAUUUAAAGAAGUGAACUAAUUGAAUAUUAUUAGAUAGAAUGCCAUUAAAUCUACACAGAUUUACCUGCAUUUGCCAAAACUUACUGUUUAAUGAUUUCCAGCACAAUCCUAUGCGUGUCUUUUAUUAAUUUCAAUCUCUAGGAUUGCUACCUUGUUUGAAGAUAUAUUGAGAUCUUCUAUACCUUCCUAUUGAUGUUUUGUAACCCAAAAUAUGUGUAUCCAUUUUGUAUAUUGGAUUGUAUAUUGUAUAAUUCAGUGAGCAGACAAUCACAUUUAUUAUUAGACAGAAUUGAAACACAUAAAUGAAGCUAUUCAGAAUACAUCAAUUGUUCCUGCAAAUGUAAUUUGAACUCUAUGAAACAUUAAUGUGUGAAGUACAUAAUGCUUUUAGACUACAAAAUAAAAACAAAUGAACAAUUGGAAUGGUAUUAAAAGUAUGCAUCGACGUAGGUUUUCCUCUUCUCUAUUCAAAGCAUGUUUAUUAUACCAGGAAGGAUAGGACAAAUGUGCAUAAUGUGCAAUGCAUAUUAGGAAAUGAUGUAUGUGCACUUAUACACAUAUAGAUAUAGAUAUAUUGUGCAGGCUCAAUAUCCUCUUCUUUUCAAGGUUACUAAAAAAUAAAGACAAGCUAUAGAGGUUGUCUAGAGAAAGUAUUUUUCUUUCUUUAAUUACAUGUUUAUAUCACUUCAAAGUCUAGAGCUUUGGGGGGUUUAUGCAAACAUUUUAAGCAAGAAAACUGGCAGUGGUGACAUUGUGCCCUGAUAGGCAAAUAAAGAGGCAGACACAUAAGGUGGGGUUGAACUGAGCCACUUUUAUUUAGAUCUUAAAUUGAAAUCAGCGGAGGGGGAACUAACUUAGCUGUAAAACUGUAGCCAUUGGGCAACCCGCCCUUGCCUAAGGAAUUGAGGCACGGCUUCCUAGCCUGCCCCAAUUCCCGGCUACACCCUGAAGGUGAGAAGGGAGGCCUUAUCUUAUCUCCAGCCCCCUGGAACACAGAACCCCAGGUCGAUGAGAGAGUUUGGCCUCAAAGGAGGCCUCUAUCUCACCCUCUGAAUCGUGGAGUCACAGAAGUGGGCCUCAGAGCCGACCCGUCACCUGAAAGGUGCCCAAAGGGCAUCACCAGGCUAAACCAAACUUUUCCUGCACCUGAACUGCCAAAAGUGAUCAAAUCAAGAAGAUUAACCUAUUUAAACAACACCCUGAGAUCUCCGGGUAUAAGGCGGUUUAUAACUUUAAUAAUAAUAAUAAUAAUAAUAAUAAUAAUAAUAAUAAUAAUAAUAAUAAUACUAUCUAGCACUCUGUCCUGCUAUUCAGUGUGAAGUAGGCACAAACCCAAUCUGUGAUCCCAAAUGCAGAUUGGGAAAAGUUCCUACGUGGCCCCCUAGUGGUGACCCCGAAGCACACUGGGAGACAGGGAGGGUGCUGCUGCAAAUGGAGAGGCUGGAGGGAAGGCAGAUUGUCCCUUAAAUUGGGAUCGAGUCCUGCCCACUCACGUUCACCACCGUAGAAAUGCACCAAUCAGUACAGGGAAUUUUCCUGCUCUACCUCUCAUGCCCAACAGCUUGCAAAGGCGUCCAGCCUUCUUGGCACCAGGCACCUUCUAGGCACUUGGGCUGAAAGUUCUUCAUGUAAAAAAAAUAUUUCUCAAACAGUGGGCCAGGACCCGCCAGUGUGCCUUUCCAAUGAAGGAGAGUCCACCACCUUUUGAGGUAGUGAGUUACAAUGUUGAGCAGCUCUUACCAUCAAAAAGUUCUUCAUAAUAUUUAGUCAAAAACACUUUUCUUGUAAUUUGAAGCCUUUGCUUCUGGUCCUACCCUCUGGAGAAACAGAAAACAAGCUAACUCCAGCUUUCAUGUGAAAACCUUUUAUCACCAAUAAUUCUUAAUUCUCGGGCGAAAUGCUUUCUCUCCUAAAGCUCCAAAAGGAAAACCUUUUGUUAGUCUGCACAUAGUAGGGGCACAUUUGUGAAUAGUUGUGUUGGAUGUGCACUGCUGUUCACGGAAUAUGUGAAGUUUACCACUUUAGUCAGCUUUUCUGAAAGUAGGAAACCUGAUCCACAUACAGAAAUCAAUAGAUGGAUGUAGAUAAUUGUGUCUGGAUGGAGUAUAUAUCCUUAUAUUGUCAAUAUUUGCUAAGCUUGACAUCUGGCAUUUUUAUUCAUGCUCAGAUCAUUUGGAUAUUUUAUUUUGUUUUAAUCUAGAAACUGCUGCUUCAAGUUAAUUUAAGGUGGAUGGGGGCAUUCCAGUGUGGUAAAUUGCAAAGUAUAAGCCAUUUAUAAGUGUGACAGUAGUAGAUUACUGUGGGGAAAAAAUAGUCUCAUAUUUGCAAUGAUGGAGAGAAAUCCAUAGAAUGAGGUUAUAGAACAGAGCAAGAAUUAUCAAAAAAAAUAAGCUGAAUAACCAGCUUCAUAAUGGAAAUAUUUGUAGUCCUAAUCCAAUUAGGUUGUGGCUAAAUCCGUUUGAAACAAGUUGGCCAUGGUUAAUAUAGGGUUCAGUACUGUAAUUUAUCUGGGAACACAGUGGGGCUUCUGAGUCGACAUUUGUAGGAUUGUAAUGUCAUAGAUUAUUAUUUAUGAGUGAUUGUAGUGGUUAUUAUUAAAAUAACUUUAUUUACAUAUUUAGUAGUUGCUCACUGUUAUUAAUCAGUCUGAGAUGCAAUAACUUAAGAUAGUGGCCAUGUAUCAGUAUAUAGUGUGUUGUGUAGAAAAUAGUAGAAAGUGAUAUUUUUAAAAUUGCUAUGUUUUAUUCAGCCAGUCAGAAAUAAUCAAUUAAAAGUAGCAGUUUGAACCCAGAGAAGCUUCCUCUCUUGAAGGAAAAACCUUUCGGCAAUGGAGGAAACUCCUCUUUUGCAGGAAGGUACGCUGGAUCCAGCCAAGUAUCUUAAAUCCCUUGCUGAAUUAAAAAAAUGUAUGACAUUUGCAGCUCAAUCCUCUGCAGAUUUAUACAGAAGUAAAUCCCCACUGUGUUGAAUGCGACUUACUUCCAAGCAAAUGUACAUAAAAUGUGUGUUUUAGAUAUUUGUUACUGAAGUGAAAUACUGAAAUCAGUGAAAUUCUGUCACUGGAAACAGCUUCAGUUCUGGGAGUAAAAAGUUCAUUGGUUGAACCCGUAUAAAAAUAUUCCUGCAACCGUAAUAAAACAUGAGAAAUUACAUAAUUCACUAUUUUUUCUUCAGACAGACUCAUGAAUUUUUCCUCAGACGAGUGAUACAUUUUAUUGCAAAAUGCAUACUAUUUUACUCUCCAGAAUGUAGACAUGAACAUGAAUACAUACAUACAUAUAUAUAUAUAUAUAUAUAUAUAUAUAUAUGAGAUAUUUACUAGAUUAGAGGAAUUGUCCUGCCACUUUCCCCACAUGGAUGCCUUGCUUUGCCAAUUAAAGUCUUUAGGGGUUUUUUAAGCUAUUUAUUUGAAUAGUCAGAUUUAGAAUGUAUAUUCUUGUCUGUUUUAUUUAAUAUAUGUAUAUAUUACCAAAGGUAUAUUUGAAGCAGAUGCCAUCACAGAUGUUGUUUGAUCAACUCAAAUAUGAAGGAAGGAUACUGCAAAUGAGAAGAUGGGGGAAAUGUCAAUAUUUUCCUAAUAAUAUGUUGAUUUGUCUAAAUAUUUCACUCAAUAGUUAAAGGGUUUUCCUUUUCUGUGAUGCCAAAAUUCUUUCAGAAUCCAUUCUACCUUAUCUCAGAAUAUAUGUAAAAACUUGUUGAAGAUGACUUGCUUCCUAAUUCUGUCUUAUGUCUGCUUCAGUUCUUCUGCCUGUUUCAGGUAGCAAAAUAUAUUAAGUAUGUUGAAUGUGCAAAGCAGUAGUAUUAUUCAUAUUUUUUUGUUUAA